AUAUAAUAACGUUCAAGUAGGACUUUGAUUCAGAAGCCUCAAAGCAUAAGAAGAAAGUGACAACAAGUAACAAACGUAUUGGAUUCGGAGGUCAGGCAGAAGCACUUUUAGCUUAUGACUAUUAUCGCACUCGACACGAACUGGUUUGCAGAUGUGUCUAUUCUAGAUCCUAUAUUAACAUUCUAUAUGGCCAAUCUUCAAUGGAUACUGAAAUACAAGUCUUGAAAAAGUUUAAACAUAUCAAUGUGCUUUCCAUGAUCACAACACAUCUUCACCCAUACGAUAACAGAAUAACAUGUUCCUUCUUCCCAUUAUAUGCUGGUGGCACACUAAAUGAUCGCAUUGAAAGAAAAGGAUCGCUUGAAGAAAGUGAAGCUGCAUUUAUAUUUUAUCAAAUUUUAAGUGGACUUCAAUAUAUUCAUAAAAUGGGCAUUAUUCAUUGUGAUAUCAAGGUGGAGAAUAUCUUCCUUAGUAGUCAAUCAAGUAAAACUAGAGCAGUGAUUGCAGACUUUGGUUUGGCUAUUGAACAAUCAAAAAGACAAAAAGAAUGGCGUGAUGAUGAAUACGGAACUCGACAUAAUUAUGCUCCUGAAAUGAUUCAACGAAAAGAAUUUGAUGAACGCAUUGAUGUUUGGUGUGCGGGCAUUGUGCUAUAUCGUAUGCUUUGUGGCUCUCAUCCUUUUAUGAAAACUAUAGAGACACGCCAUUCAAUCAUUGACGACUGGAAAGUCUUUAGUACAAGAGUAUUACAGAUGCAUCCCAAUAUGAAAAGAGAACGUAUCAAGAGAGUGAGUGAUGAAGGCAAGUUCUUUAUAUACAGUCUUCUUGAAAAGGACUUUCGAUGUAGACCUACCAGUACAAAAGCAUUAAGAGACCCCUUUAUUCUGUGGCAAAUAUCGUUAAAUGAUGGUGAAUUCUUUGCUAAUUAUGACACCUAUGUUCGAAAAGACUUUGUUCAAGAAAGAUCACGAUGGUUUGACGAUGAGAAAUACAUAAAAGUAGACAAAAAGCCUGAUUAUCAUCCUGACUGGAACGAACAAGAUGUUGAGGACAUUAGAUAUCACAGAGCAUCUGAUUCACCUGCACCCAUUUUUACAAGCAAGAAACCCGUUAGGUUUGAUGUUGGAUAUGAAGAAGAAUCAUACAAUAAGACAAUGGCAGAAAGGUUUCCUAAGCGUAGUUUUCUGGAAAAGAAGAGAAAAAUAGAAGAAGGAUAUCAACAAGAAGAGGAAGGCUUUUCGGUUGGCAGUUAAAGACUGACUUUCAAACUGCAUUUGUCAGCAGCAAAAAAAAAAAAAAAAAAAGACUAUCCAUAUUUCUUUUUUUUUUGUAUAUCUUUUACUCUUUAUCCGAUGUUUUCAAAGCUUUUUAAAGUAAACCUUAAGAAAUAACCGAGAAUAAAAUUAAUAACGUUUUGUUUUUCUGUUUCAUCGCGUAGACCGAGUUUGCCGUUGAAAUGACGUGCGAGUCUUGCGUUAACGACGUAACCAAUGUCAUGAAAGAUGUUCCAGGUGAAAAGAAAAAAAAAAAGAGGAAGAGAUUUAUUUUGACUGACCCUGCUGGACCACAGGCGUUACUUCAUUUGACGUUGACCUAAAAGAAAAAA